AUGGAAGAUCCAUUGGCGACAGAAGAAGCAGGCCAGCCCGCCGCCGGCCCCGGCAUGAUCAUGGACAGCGUGGAAGCAGGCGGAGACCUGACGCCUCCCACCAAAAGGAAGAGCAAGUUCUCGGGCUUCGGCAAGAUCUUCAAGCCCUGGAAAUGGCGCAAAAAAAAAAGUAGCGAUAAAUUCAAAGAGACAUCAGAAGUUUUAGAGCGAAAAAUAUCUAUGCGAAAACCAAGAGAAGAGCUGGUUAAACGAGGGGUUCUGUUGGAAGACUCUGAACAGGAUGGUGAGGAUCCAGGGAAGUUGAACCAUGCCAUGUUAAAGAAUGGCCACACCACCCCCAUUGGGGAUGCCAGAUCUGCUAGUCCAGUCCCAAUGGAGGAAGAACCAGAAAGAAUAGCAAGUCUUGGGAAACCUGUUCCAGAAGAGGAUCCAAAGAAGCAACUAGGCUCCACCGGAAGCCGGCCUAAUUCUGAAGCAGAGUUGGUUCCUGAGAAUGCACCCAAACAGCCUUUACUUCCCCCCAAAAGACCAGUGUCUUCUUCUCAUGAAGCAAAUGAAGGGCAAGCAAAGGAUGCCACCUGCUCUGGCAGCUCAGCAAGGUCCCUGUCCGCCACCUCUACCGCUGCCCCCACCACAGCACCUGCCGCCACUGCCGCCGCCACAAACAUAUCAAAAACUGUGGUUAAUGCCUCUGUGCCCCCCACCCCAGCGCCCAGGACUCUUCCCGCUGCUGCUGUCAGCACUAACACUACUGCUACCCCCAGCCUCCCUCAUCCCGUCUCUGCCAAGCAGCCCCCUGUCCCUCCCCCCAAACCAGCUCACAGAAACAGCAACCCUGUCGUUGCAAUAAACAGUGGGACAUUGUUAUCUAAACCAUCCCCACCCUUACCACCGAAGAGAGGCAUUCCAUCAACCUUGGUACCCAACUCGGAGUCUGCCGCCGCCGCCACCAGCACGAAAGCACCAAGUGAUCACAGAGAGAAGAGCACGUGCUCUGAGGGCUCCGAGCUGCUGCCUCGCCCUCCUCGCUCCCCAUCCCCCCCUCUGCCCACUCACACACCCCCAGAACCCCCGCGGCCCCCUGCACUCCCUGCUAAGACUUUUCAUGCUGUGCCAGAAAUUGAGUUUGCACCGUCUUUAGAUCCACCCCAGGAGGUUCCCCAGCAGGAAGACCAGGAGAAGGAAGUACCCAAGGGGAUGUUGGACCACAGCUUCGGGGAGCCCCAUGUACCCUCUAGGAUGCCCCCCCUCCCACUGCAUAUCCGAAUCCAACAGGCCCUGACCAGCCCACUCCCCAUCUCCUCCUCCUUGGAAGGCUCUCACAGAGCUCAUUCGUUGCUCUUCGAGAACAGUGACAACUUCUCUGAGGACAGCAACACUCUGGGCCGUACCAGGUCACUUCCCAUCACCAUUGAAAUGCUGAAAGUUUCAGACGAUGAAGAGGAGGAGCAAACCCACCCAUCUGCAUUCAGUGAAGACCUGCCUCCCACCUCAGUCUCUCCUAAACUACCGCAGUGUCUGCAGGAGGAAGAGGAGGAGAAGGAGAGCGACUCAGACUCAGAAGGUCCCAUUCAGUACCGAGACGAAGAGGAUGACGAUGAAAGCCAGAACAGUGCUCUGGCCAACAAAGUGAAGAGGAAAGACACACUGGCAAUGAAGUUGAAUCACAGACCCAGUGAACCAGAGAUGAACUUGAAUUCUUGGCCUCGCAAAAGCAAAGAGGAGUGGAACGAAAUACGGCACCAGAUUGGGAACACGCUGAUCCGACGACUGAGUCAAAGACCAACACCAGAAGAACUUGAACAACGAAAUAUACUACAACCUAAAAAUGAAGCUGAUCGUCAGGCAGAAAAGCGGGAGAUUAAACGUCGGCUCACUAGAAAGCUAAGUCAAAGGCCAACUGUGGCCGAACUCCUUGCCAGGAAGAUUCUAAGGUUUAAUGAAUAUGUGGAGGUAACAGACGCUCAAGAUUAUGACCGGCGAGCUGACAAACCUUGGACCAAACUGACCCCUGCCGACAAGGCUGCCAUAAGAAAAGAAUUAAAUGAAUUUAAAAGUUCGGAGAUGGAGGUUCAUGAAGAGAGCAAACAUUUUACACGCUACCAUCGUCCAUGA